UUUCCCUUCCAGGGUCCUCUUGGUUCCAAGAUCCGCAGGCGUGUGGGUUUGAAGGCUCCUGGUAUCAUCCCUCGUAUCUCUGUGAGGGAGCCCAUGCAGACUGGUAUCAAAGCUGUGGACAGUCUGGUGCCCAUUGGCAGAGGUCAGCGUGAGCUGAUCAUUGGUGACAGGCAGACUGGAAAACCUGCCAUUGCCAUCGACACCAUCAUCAACCAGAAGCGCUUCAACGAUGGCACUGACGAGAAGAAGAAGCUAUAUUGCAUCUACAUUGCCAUUGGACAGAAGAGAUCCACUGUGGCCCAGCUGGUGAAGAGGCUGACUGACACUGAUGCCAUGAAGUACACCAUUGUGGUCUCUGCCACUGCCUCUGAUGCUGCUCCUCUGCAGUACCUGGCUCCGUACUCUGGCUGCUCCAUGGGAGAGUUCUUCAGAGACAACGGCAAACACGCCCUGAUCAUCUAUGACGAUCUGUCCAAACAGGCUGUUGCCUACCGUCAGAUGUCCCUGCUGCUGCGUCGUCCCCCUGGUCGUGAGGCCUACCCUGGUGAUGUGUUCUACUUGCACUCCCGUCUGCUGGAGAGAGCUGCCAAGAUGAAUGACAACUUUGGUGGCGGCUCCCUCACUGCCCUCCCCGUCAUUGAGACUCAGGCCGGUGAUGUGUCUGCUUACAUCCCCACCAACGUCAUCUCCAUCACAGAUGGACAGAUUUUUCUGGAGACUGAGCUGUUCUACAAAGGUAUCCGCCCAGCUAUCAAUGUGGGUCUGUCUGUGUCCAGAGUGGGUUCUGCUGCCCAGACCAGAGCCAUGAAGCAGGUGGCUGGUACCAUGAAGCUGGAGCUGGCUCAGUACCGUGAGGUCGCUGCCUUCGCUCAGUUCGGUUCUGACCUGGACGCUGCCACCCAGCAGCUUUUGAACAGAGGUGUCAGGCUCACUGAGCUGUUGAAGCAGGGACAGUAUUCUCCCAUGGCCAUUGAGGAGCAGGUGACAGUCAUCUAUGCUGGUGUCAGAGGUCACCUGGACAAGAUGGAACCCAGCAAGAUCACAGAGUUUGAGAAGGCCUUCCUGCAACACAUCCUCAGCCAGCAGCAGGAGCUGCUCGCAGCAAUCAAGGCUGACGGCAAGAUCUCAGAGGCAUCAGAUGCUAAACUUAAGCAGAUUGUACUGAACUUCCUGUCUAGUUUUGAGUAAUGGCUUCAUGCAAUUCAGUGGGUUCCAUGUGUUUGACCUCAUCCUGCUUAUCUAUGUGUGCACACACUGAAGGCCAAAUCCUCCAUGUACAGAUUUCUCCCAAUAAAAUUUUACAACCCUA